AUGCUAAAAGCCCCUCUAAAUCAACAGGAUUCAAUCGCUGUUCCUAAACAUCUCAUCAACCAAAGCGUCGCCGCCGAUUUUGACGAAAAAGACAUCCGGGGCCACCAAACGCAUGCCGAUUUCAAUGCCAACGCUAUCCAGGGAGUCGGCUUUGGAGGGUCUACGGACCUCAUCUACUCCUUCGCCCGUCAUAAGAAAAACGUGUAUCACUGCGAGUUGCUCGAGACUCCAGAGUUCGAACCGAAUCAAGAUUUCGUAACUGAGAGUAUUCGAGCAUCAUGCAGAGUUCAAAACUUUCUAGAUAAUAGCCUCGUGGGCAGGAAGAGGGUAUAUAUGAUCACGGGAUUGAAGAUCGCCUCCGGGUUCUCCAAGUCCACAAACGAAAACCAUCACAGCGCUAAGCUUAGAGUUGCGGCAAAAGCAACGGUUCUAGGGGGCCUAGGAUUCAACAUAAACGCCUCCAGUGCCCAAACAGUAUCUCAAGGGCGGACUUUGAACAGAGUUGUGUUUGCGUAUAGAGCCAUCCGCAUAAAGCUGAAGCGGGAUGGUGAAGCUAGGUAUAAGUAUAAGAGCGGCGGGAAAUAUGACAUUGAAGACGACGAUGACGAUGACGACGAGAGUGAUGAGAGUUAUGGGGAUAUUUGGGAGCUACAGCCUCUAGAAGAGACAGACAGGCUAAAGGACUUCCCAGACUCUGUUAAAAUUGACAUAGAAGGGGCACCAGCAGACGCGUAG